AUGGCGACGAAGUUACUAUUAUUGGCUUCUCUUUCUUGCUUUUGCGUCUCAGCAAUAGCUGCUGGAGCCCAAUCUCCGGCAGCCUCACCUACUACUCCUGCGACCACUCAUUCGCCGGACAACCCACCUCAGCCUUCGGCCACCCCACCGCCGUCAGCUCUGCCUCAUCCUCCACCAGCUCAGCAGCCGCUGCCAGCUCAUGCAUUGGCACCGGGGCCCGCCAAGCACAAGAAGAAGCACAAGCAUCAUCAUCAUCACCAUCAUCACACACAUGCACACGCGCCGAAAGUCCCGGGCCCACGAGCCCUGCCCAAAGUCCAAGAAACGGACGGGAAAACUUCACCAGCGCCCUCCCUGACUCUAUAUCUGAACAAAGGUGUAUCAAGAAGAGGUAGAAUGCGGGUGAUUGCUGGAUUUGCAGCGGCUACGUUUUUCGCCAUCACUCGUUUUUGUUCCUAA